CUCUCCGUUACAUACUGCCACUGUCUGCGUCGACGAACACGAGGCACUGCUCUCCCCAGCAGUUUUCUCCUCGCUCGCCCAAAGGCAUUCUCUGCGGCUUUAUCCUGCUUUAUUGUUCGACAAUCCUUCCCGCUUUUCCCGCUAAUGCUAUAAUCACGGCCCACUUGAUCCGCUCUCUGUAUCCCUACCCCACUGCGCCAGUUUCACACACCCGCUCCAUCCACUAUCCCACUUCUAGGGCCUAAUACUAUACUCGACCUUUGCCUAGUUUCCCACUUCACGACUAUGACUACGAUCCCGGCCCCCUCUGGUGCUCUCGCUCGAGAAGAAUGGCCGGACGCCGACUUCGAGCUACCCGACGACGAACCUCUCCAUGCAUCGGACGCUGAGUCAGAUAAGGAUGAUGACGACUUGGACUGGGACAACGAGAUGGGUCUGGGGACGACAGGCGGGGCGAAGGCUGAGGCUGUCAUCGCCGGUAUGGCUGCUCGUUCAGAGUCACGGAGGAGUUCUACACAGUUGAUCACCAUUCGUCCGCCUCUAUCGUCUUCAGAGGACAAUGAUGAGGACGAAGAAGGGAUAUCUACCAUCAAAGUCUCUGCUCUGCCGAUCUUCUCCAAACCCUCUACACAGCCGGCGUCUGCUCCCAUCGACGAGGACUUGGAAGCCGACUUCGCCCUCCCCGAAGAAUUGACCCAGUUGUCCCUGCGCCCACAGUCUCUCCACCAUCAGUCCUCCAAAGGUUCUCUAGAGUGGGGAGAUCAGACAUCCUCCUCGCAGUCAUCGGAUGCUCCUUCGACGCUUGGUCUUGCCGAACACUCGUCAUCAUCUACAUAUACGUCGGCAUCCCUCCCAGAGACCGAGACCGAGGACGAGAACGAGGAAGAGGAUGAUGGUGAGCUCGAUGGGCUCGUAAUUCCUGCAGGGAUUUUCGAGUCCAAGCAAGGUGGUAAGCACCUUGCGAAACUAUUAGAGUUGAAGAAGAAGAAGCCUGUGGUUGAGGAACGGAUAAAGAUCGCCAGUCCCGAUCCUGAGGAUGACUUCGAAAUUGGACUUGUCAUCGACGAUGAUGCGGACUUUAGUCCGAGUCGAAUGCUACACCAUGCUCAGCAGCAACAGUCUAAACGUACCGCUGAAGGUCGUAGUAAAAGUGCGCCAUCGCGACCUCCCCCUUUACAACGUCCACCAUCCCGACUUCGAAGCGAUCGUGCCAAGUCGCCCACUAAUCCGCCGAUCUCAUCCGCGCGGCAGUUCUCGAGGCUGAACAUCAAAACGUCCCCUCCACGCCCCGGAAUGCCUCGUGCCCAAACAGCAAGGAACGCAACAGCAAAUGCGCCUGCAUCCCCUCCCUCCUCUUUCCUUACCCCCAAACCUGGCAGUCUGCGAGGGCAGAAGUCUCAGCCUGGCCUGAAGCCUCCCUCACCUCCAUCCUCGCAGAGGAAGAUGACGCGCAAGGCGUCUUUACCCGCCCUCACAGAUUCGAUGUUCCAGGCGCAGCCUCCUGUAGCCGGACCUUCGUCAACCAAACCCCCCGCGGCCACGUCACGUUACGAGCAACACACUGCCGCCUCCCGUGCAAAGACGAGUCACAAUAGCUCAACGGGACGCAUGCAUGGUUCCGAGUUCAAAGUUCCCCCUACGCGACCCUCAACUCCCUCCUCUAAUCCUGCCGCACUUCGUCUCACGAUGCCAACAUCGUCUUCGCGCAUGAAAUCUCGCCCUGCAAUAUCGUCUGUCUUCCCUCCCGCCCACACACCAACAUCGCAAACCCGUCCCACAUCACCAUUACCUCCCCGCCCACAUUCUACCGCUUCUACCGUUUCGGCCAGGGCAAGAACGUCGCCUUCACAGACAACUAAACCAACUGCGUCGGCACCAAAGGUUCUCAAGCGCCCAAAGAGACAAAGAACAUAUGGUGACGGGACGGAGCUAGAUAACUUCGACGAUUUGCCUACAGACCGCGACAAGGAGAUGAGAUAUAGAGUACAACCCAAAGGGUUUGGGAACAGGGUCCCCGGCGGCACGUACUCAAAGGUGGUUGAUGGUAGCAAGGGCACGGUUCGGAGGAAAAAACAGGGCAGUACUGAGCCUGGUGGGAAUGCAUUACGACGAGCAGGUCGUAUUGAGUUCCCUGCUCAGACUGCAAGCGAAGAACCAGCCACGAAGAAGAAGAGGGCUUCAGCUUCAUCACCCACAACGAGACGCAAGCCUACGCUCAUACGCAAUUUGGGCGGUGCUGGCGCUCCAAAAGUGGUUGGGGACAUGAAGUGGAACCCUCAGACGCUGCGGUGGGAGGGCAAUGAUCAGGUCCUUCGCGACUUCGACGCUGUAGUCGGCACGUCGACGCGGCCUGCACUGAUUACACAUCUGACGGGAUCGUCGAUGGGUUCCCCCGUUGGGUCGUUCGCGUCAGGCGCACGACUGGUUGGGAACAUGAUGUUCGACCCUCAGAAGAUGUGCUGGAUAUCGACGUUGCCACCUGAAGAAGACGAGCCGGAUGUCUUCGCAGACCUAGCCGAUGACGAGGACGACGCGGACGGUUGGGAGACAAAGGGUGGCACGAUUCGGGCCAGCCAGCAGGGCGUGGCUGAACAAUCGUCAGACGCCAGCCGCGUAUCAACUGCCACCCGGAUGUCGACACCUAGUCCAGCGCCUGCGCGCAGCAGAAGUAUGUCGGAAUCCGAGAGCGAUCGCGGCUCGCGGGCGUCGAUGUGCGUCGCAGACGUGGACGAGAUAUUCGUGGAGGAGUGCCGGCUCGCGGAGGAGCGGCAUCGCGCUGAGAUGAAAGGAUGGCGGCUGGAUCAGCCUCUUCGGCACGCUGAGCCUGACCGGUCGUAUCUGUACGAGAUACGCGCGCUCGCGACGCGGCGUUAUUGACGCUGCUUGUUUAUAUGUCUUUUUUGUUUCCCUUCCUGUUUAUAUUCCAUUCCCGGUGCCGGUAAUAUUUCCUUGCGCUUCUGGUGUACAUUCUUCUCAUUGGUCUCGUCCACUAAUGAACACUGUCCCCUGUCGCUCCUUCCCUUUCCCGAGUGUAUAUUUCUCGUCUUUUAUUCGAUUUUGCAGUUUUGUUUUGCUGUGUCUAGCACCCACACUCUCGUUUGCCAUGUAUCUGUUGUUUCCUCGAUAAGUGAAUAUGAUUUAUGACCUCCCGAAC